CCUCUAAUUCGAUACCUUUUUCUAGGUCCUCUAAGAACGGAAAAACUAUUCACCUCCCCUCUUCGGUUGGGAAACGAAACAGAUCUCUCUCUUCCUCUUCUUCGAUUUUCCGAUGGGGAAACUCCGGUCCCUGCUCCGGCGCCGAAGAAAAUCAAAGGCCACCACGUCCAGUGGAGAGGUUUCGGAGCCAACUUCGCCGGAAGCCGCUGCAGUGGCGACACAAGAGGAGCUCGAACUCGUUUUCCGGAAAUUUGACUCUAACGGGGACGGAAAGAUCUCGUCAUCGGAGCUAGGGGCCAUCUUCGAAAGCCUAGGGCACGCGGCGUCGGCUGAGGAGCUCGCUCAAAUGAUGAGCGAGGUCGAUGCCGACGGUGAUGGCUUCAUCAGUUUUGAGGAGUUUGUGGAUCUGAAUACCAGCAAGGUCGAUUCCACAGCGGCGCUCGAGGAUCUCCGCCACGCUUUUUCCGUCUUCGAUCUUGAUCGCAACGGAUCGAUAUCGGCGGAGGAGCUCGCGCGCGUGAUGCGCGGCCUCGGCGAAGGGGUUUCCGUCGCGCAGUGCCGGAAGAUGAUCGAUGGCGUCGAUAAGGAUGGCGACGGCCUCGUUAGCUUCGAGGAGUUCAAGGUCAUGAUGUCCAAAUCCCCCAUCGCAGCAUCGAUCACCAGGAUCGAGUGAGCCAAUCUUGAUCUCUAUUCUCUUCUCGCAAUUUAUCUGUUUCUUUUUUAUAGCGAAUAGUCUGGAUCUGACCGAAAAGAAGCCUGCAAAAUUCCUAAUCUGUACAUAUGUGGAAGAUUGGUUUCUCGUUCUUGCGACAUAAUUUUUUUCCCUUUCUCUGGUCGUUUUCUAUUUUACCUGAAUUUUCGGUCCUAUUUUAA